CAAUAAGAGUUUUAAAUUUAUACAUUCGACAAAUUUAAGUUAAAAAAUGAAAGUAAAAAAAGCUAUAAAAGCGUCAUCAUCUUCCGAAUCCGAUUCGGAAUAUAAUUCAUCAGACGAAGAAUUGAGGCAAGCGUUUGCAGAAGGUUUAUUAAAACCUGGUCUAAAUGUAGUAAUUGAAAAAAAUAAAAAAACACCAAAAAAUUGCGUUUCUCUUAUGAAAAAGAAGCUAGAAGAAAUUAAAUUGAAUUUACCAUGGAUUGAAAGAUUAGACUUGAUCAAUGCACCAGCACCUUUAGCGCCAGAAUUGGCAUUGCAAAUGCAAGAACAGGAAGACAGACGUGCAAAGCAAUUGAAAGGGAAUAAAAAAUUACCUCAAUAUGAUCCAGCAGAUGAUCCGGUUCUAAAUGAUUUUCGUAGAGAAACAAUGUUUCAUAGACAAGCACAGGCUGCUGUUAUGGAGGGUAUUGCCCGAUUAAAAAAACUUGGUAUUCCAACAACCAGGCCAGAUGAUUAUUUUGCUGAAAUGGCAAAAUCAGAUGCUCAUAUGCAUAAGGUCAGAGAAAACCUAAUGAAACAACAGACAAUAGCGCAAAGAUCAGAAAAGGUUAGGCAAUUGAGACAACAAAGGAAAAUAGGAAAACAAAUGCAAAUAGAAGCAACUUUAAAAAAACAUGCAGAAAAGAGAAAAUUAUUAGAAGAGGUCAAAAAGUACCGUAAGGGUGUAAGAAAAGAUCUUGAUUUCUUAGAAGAUAAACAGAAACCUCAAGGCAAAACAGUGGAUCAAAAAGCAGCAGCAAAACGUAAAAUGAGGGAUGCCAAAUUUGGUUUUGGUGGUAAAAAAAGAGGUAGCAAAAAAAACACAAGGGCAAGUUCCGCAGAUGUGUCAGAAUAUAAAAGACCUUCACUACCAGGAAAAGAUUUGAAGAAGAAAAAAGGAAAAUCGAAACAGAGAUUAGGAAAAAGUCGUAGGAUACAGAUGAAAGCAAAGAAAAAACGUUAAUAGCGAUAAAUUAAUUGACAAAGUAUUUUAUAUAAUUAAAUGAUGUUUACUUGUAAAAUAAAUAUUUUAUGUAAUCUUGA